CUGAACUACCGGUAUGGUUCCGUGUGUGCAUGACUAUAACGGACACUGUGGUCGAAUAGGAACACAGUGCACAAUCUCUUGGUCCGACUUUGACGCGCGUGGGCCAGUUGAUGUCGAUCCCUCUAGUAUAACGAUUAACCCGAAGCCUAUUGUGCAUCCAUCCUUCAGCGCUAGCAGUUCAACCCAGGUCCACUGUAACGCAACGGGUAUCAGCAUCAUGAGAUGAGUGCAUGUCCACCAGGACUGGGUCAGCCACAAAGUUGAACGGAUUCUUCUGUUUACUUUCAUUCUUAAUGGUCAUAUCAGACAUGGUACCUCUGUCUGAGGCCUUUCCCUGGGCCGCAAUGCGCCGGCAGGCCAAGGCGAACUUGACGCCCCCCACUGCCAGCUUCCGAGGCAAAACAGUACUCCUCGUUGGUGCCACCGAAGUGAUCCUUUCAGAUGCCGCACGCAUCCUCAAUCAACUCGGAGUGUCAACUCUCAUCCUUGCUGUUCGCAAUGUGGCCAAAGGAGAUGCCCUGGGCAACAAGCUGAGAAGGAAGCGCGAGGAUUUUAAAGGCUCCAAACUAACCAUCAAAGUUUUAGAAAUAGACCCUCUAUCCUUUGAUAGUGUUAACCGUUUUGCAGCUACCGUCACUCAGCUUCAGACCCGCAUUAAUGCUAUAGUUAUAGGCUCAGCCAUCAUGAAUAACAAGACCAGAAUAACAGCAGAUGGCUAAGAAGAAACUGCUAGCUCUAACACAUUUACAACUUAGCCCUGCAGUUAGUCCAUCUCUCAUCGGCUCUCUUGAUUCUCCUUCUGCUUUCCAAACUACUCUCCG